AUGGAAAAAAAUAAAAAUCUUAAAGGCUUCAAGUUCUGCUAUGUUAUGUAGGGGCUACCAGGAUCAGGAAAAUCAACAGUAGCUAAGCAAUUAGCAGGACAGAAUGGUAAAAUCUUUAGCAUUGAUAAGAUCAUUAUGGAAUAAAAGAAGAGCCACGGUUAAGUUGACUAAAAAUCUACAUAGGAAAUAUACGACACAAUUUAUCAGCAAUUUUGCGAUGAGCUUAAAAAUGGAACUGAAUGCAUUGUCAUAGAUAACACUAAUUUGAGUGAAUGGGAGUAUAUUAGAUUCAUAAAAACUGCCUAAAAAGAGCAUUAUUUUAGCAGUUUAGUUGCUUUACCUCCUCCUGAAGAGAUCUAAACUGCAGUUGAGAGGUCUAAUUUUGAUGUUAAUGACAAUGAAAUGACAUAAAUGCUUGCUCGCUGGGAACCAUUUAGCCCAAUGAGACUGAUGGAUAAGACUCUGCAGCUUUAGGGAUAGGGUGAAAGUUUGAGUCCUCCCUAUAACAGAGGUGGAUUUCAUAGAAAAAUCUCAUCAUAGGACUUGCUUGAGAAUAGAAGAGCAAGUAUGAUGGUAGUUUCAGAUACCAUUAAUGAAUCAUAAGAGGCAGAGGAAGAUGAAGAUAAUUCUAAGGUAUUUGCUACAAAGCUUUCAGAUGACUCUCAAGAAUGA